CCGGGGCGACCGGCUUGGCGCGGAGACCUUGCGAGGAGCACGCAGCUUCGCUGGAGCCCGGGCCAGGUGGACGGUUUGUGGCCUGCAUGGCUCUCUAGAGGAUGAAGCCCAGCCCCACAGGCUCCUCCCCAGAGACCUGCAAAGCUGCAGGCCAGGGCGAGAAGGGCUGCCCUGUCUGUCAGGCCUGGGGAGGGGUCUUAGGUCCAGGCUCUGGCUUGAGGUCAGGGCUAGGGCCAGGGCCCGGUGUUGUUCUGGGGUCUGGACCAGGACCUGGUGCUGUUUUGAGUCCUGGUACUUCUCUAGCACCCAGUCCAGGAGCUGCCCCGUUACCUGAGCCAGAGUCUAGGUCAGAACCUGGGCCAGGAGCAGGGCCUGGGGCCAGGCGAGACUCUGGAUCUGGACCCAAACCCAGUGAAUCAACAACCCCAGCACCAGUACCACAGAAGAAGACACAAGCCAAGCCUGCACCAGCCCCCAGGCAGAAGGUUCUGGUGACGGGAGGAGGAGGCUACCUGGGCUUCAGUCUGGGCUCCAGCCUGGCCGAGAGUGGCACUUCUGUCGUCCUGCUCGACCUCCGCAGACCCCAGUGGGAGCUGCCCCCGAGGACUGAGUUCAUCCAGGCUGACAUCCGAGAUGAAGAAGCUCUGUACUGUGCCUUGGAAGGGGUGGACUGUGUCUUCCACGUGGCCUCCUAUGGGAUGUCUGCUGCUGAGAAGCUGCAAAAAGAGCAGAUUGAAUCUAUAAAUGUCGGAGGCACCAAACUGGUGAUCGACGCCUGUGUCCGCCGGCGGGUUCCGAGGCUCGUCUACACCAGCACCGUCAAUGUGGCAUUUGGCGGGAAGCCUGUAGAGCAGGGUGACGAGGACUCUGUGCCCUACUUCCCACUGGACAAGCACACGGACCACUACUCCCGAACCAAAGCCGUUGCCGACCAGCUGACCCUCCUGGCUAACGGGACUCCUCUCCCAGGAGGAGGGACCCUUCGGACGUGUGUCCUCCGGCCCCCGGGGAUUUACGGCCCCGGAGAGCAGAAGCACCUGCCCCGCAUCGCGAGCCACAUCAAGAAGAGGCUGUUCGUGUUCCGGUUUGGGGACCAAAGGGCAAAGAUGAACUGGGUCCAUGUGCGCAAUCUGGUGCAGGCACACGUGUUGGCGGCAGAGGCCCUCACCGCAGCCAAGGGCUACGUGGCUAGUGGCCAGGCCUACUACAUCAACGAUGGGGACAGUGUCAACCUCUUUGAGUGGAUGGCCCCACUGUUUGAGAAACUGGGACACAGCCAGCCCUGGGUCCAGAUACCUACUUCAUGGGUUUACCUGACAGCCGCAGUGAUGGAGCAUCUGCACCUGGCCCUGAGGCCCCUCGGCAGCCUCCCCCUGCUGCUUACCCGCAGUGAGGUGCAGUCCGUGGCCGUGACGCACACCUUCCAGAUCACAAAGGCCCGAGCUCAGCUGGGCUAUGCGCCGGACAAGUUCAGCUUCGCCGACUCAGUGGAGCGAUACUUGCAGUCCACGAGCCGGCAGCCCAGAGGCUCACCGGCGCCGACACUCCUGCGGAUGCUGCUAGGUCUGCUGCUGCUGCUCGGCCUACUCUGCCUGGCCCUGCACGUACUAGGCCUGCAGGCGGCGGUGCAGAGCCUCUGAUGGCCAGCCACGCACACGCCGGAGCACACACG